CGCAGCAAUCCCACGACGGAACCUUAAGACCACCGAAGAAGAUGCACAAGUUGUGGAUUUAUGUUGUGAUAUUUUUUUUGUUUGAGGAAGGGUUUCUAACUCAAGGAACUACUGACUCAAAUAUAAUUGUGAACACAACUACGUCACCUCUGAAAGUUUAUGUUAACAGAAAGGAAGUCUUCAAUCUUGGGAGCGAUGCUAGACUCAUCUGCAGCAACAGGACUCAGACUGAGUCGAUAUUUGUUAUCUGGAACAUUGAACUAAAACACAAAACCUGUAAGAUCUCCUUUAGCAACGAGGGUCAAAACAUUAACUCCUGCAAUGAUGGAAAAUCCAUACAAAUCUCAAAUGAUCAGUCAUUCCUGCACAUCCCAAACUUUUCAGCCAGUGAUGUUGGAACUUACAGUUGUGAAUCAAUUUACACAGGAGGAAACGGAGAUUAUAGAAUUGCAGUGGGUGUCACAGCUCUUCCUGCUGUGUCUACCUGGUCAGAGCAAAGGAGCAACAAGAUUGUCGCUGUGUGCAGAGCUGAAAGAGGGAUUCCUGCUGCCAACAUCAGCUGGAGUGUCAUAGGAAAUCACUCUGUGACACAGCAGAAUGACCCAGAUGGAUUUGUAACAGUAGAGAGUCAGCUGGAGGUCCCUGAAGACAUUGAUCAAAAAUACUUGACCUGCAUCGUCUGGCACCAGUUUUGGAAGCAGGAGAAGAUGUUCAUACCCAGAUUCAGAGUUAACAGAAAGGAAGUCUUCAAUCUUGGGAGCGAUGCUAGACUCAUCUGCAGCAACAGGACUCAGACUGAGUCGAUAUUUGUUAUCUGGAACAUUGAACUAAAACACAAAACCUGCAAGAUCUCCUUUAGCAACGAGGGUCAAAACAUUAACUCCUGCAAUGAUGGAAAAUCCAUACAAAUCUCAAAUGAUCAGUCAUUCCUGCACAUCCCAAACUUUUCAGCCAGUGAUGUUGGAGCUUACAGUUGUGAAUCAACUUACAGAGGAGGAAACGAAGAUUAUAGAAUUGCAGUGGGUAUCACAGCUCCUCCUGCUGUGUCUACCUGGUUAGAGCGAAGGGGCAACAAGAUUGUGGCCGUGUGCAGAGCUGAGAGAGGGAUUCCUGCUGCCAACAUCAGCUGGAGUCUCACAAGAUAUCACUCUGUGACACAGCAGAAUGACCCAGAUGGAUUUGUAACAGUAGAGAGUCAGCUGGAGAUCCCUAAAGACAUUAAUCAAAAAUACUUGACCUGCAUUGUCUGGCACCAGUUUUGGAAGCAGGAGAAGAUGUUCAUAUCCAGAUUCAGAGAGUUAAAUCCGUGGAUACGUAUUGUUGUGGUUUUCGUCAUAAUUAUUAUAGGAAUAUUGAUUUUUGCCCUAAGAAAACGGAGAUGUCAGCCAUGAUUCAUAAAUCAAUUCGUCACCAGGAACCAUGACAUGGCAGCCAUUUUUGUGCCAGAAGGUGUCACUUUUUGUGUUAAUAACUGUGUAAAUUUGUUUGUCAGAAGGAGCAAACUGUGUUCGCUCCAUUGUUUUAAUUUAUGUGGGAUGAUACUGGAUAUGAAGAGGAUCUGUGGAAUGGAAAAUAAAAUCAGUGGAGAGCAAUGGAUGUUCAUGGUGACAGAAUUGACCAAACUGGAGUUUUUGGACUUUAUCAAUACCACAGGUUCUCAUUCAUAACAACCUCAUCACAUACAUGCCCAUCAAGGAAAUCUUUGACUUUAAGUAUAGACUCACCCUCUUCACGUUUUCUGUAAUAUAUAUAAUAUUUAGAAUUGACAAAGGACAAAGCUGUUUGCUCAAUUACAGCCAUUGCAGUUCUUAUGCAUGUUGUUAAAUCUUUGCAGUGUCAUUAUCUGUGAUGAUAUUUUCAUCUGUUUACAUUCCAGUGCAACAUAUUUUUAUUUUUUAUUUUUUUUAUAUUCUCGUUAGUCGAUUGGUAUAUAAAGCAAUGACUAAAAUGUGUCACUCUAACUGUAGAUAACCCUCAUCAUCAGUUUGGUAAUGAUACUUUGUAUGUUGUUUAUAAUUUUUUAGCCUUGAAACAGAGUAGCAAGAAAAAGUAAGUAAUCCAUGACAUAGUUUAUCUUUCUGUUCCAGCCAGGAAGAUUUGUCAGCCACAAAUUAAUAAGUUUUUUUUUGUUUGUUUUGUUUUUUGCUAGUGUAGGCUUAGACCUUCUACUUUAUGUACAUUUUUAGCUUUUACAUUAUGUUAAAGCAUAUAAUUAGAGCAUAGAGAUUUUCAGUUUGUUUUUUCAAUUACUUUUGAGCUAAUUUCUCUGUCAAUUUCAUUAUUCAAUGAUAUGGUCAAUAAUUAAAGCUUCUUGUUUUAAAACAAAUGAUUCUAACCUUUUUACAACUUUAUUGUGCAAAAACGACAUAUCUAGGUGAAAAAAUAUUGUCCUUAAUCAGUUAAUCAAAAGGAUGUGUUAAAUGAAAAUGACCAAAAGGGGGCAGUGUAGCUUCAGGGAUUUUUACUUUUGAGUUAAUCAAGUCUUGAAUAGACUAUAGCUUUAAGUUUUACACAGUUUUUGCUGGUAACAAAUUAUUAUCCUAUAGCUUGUAGAUAGAUGUGCUGCAUUUUAUUUAUUUUAUCUGAAACAAUUUGUCACAUGACUGCGUUAUUACUGAAGUCAGCUAAUUUAGAAACGUCCUAAAGCUGAAUGUAUCACUAUGUCAAUGUCAUAACUGUCUCAUCAUACACAGUUUUUACUGGCAUCUCAAGGUCUCAAAUAUACCAGCUAACA